UCUGAUACAACAGCUGAGAAAGCAGACAGACCAUCACCUAUCUCAACAAUGAAGUCAGCAGCUCUCCUCACACUUCUGGCUGUCCUGCUCUUCGUAGAUGUGAGAGGUAAGGGCUCCAGUCAUCUGCUGACCAAGGUGCUACAUGGUGGUCUGUAUCUGAAGUUUACAUCUACUUGUGUCCUCAUUGUCACUUUGAAGGAUAAUGGAGGACAAAAGUGCCUGAAUCCAGAGAGCAGUUUUGCCAAGAAUUUCAUCAAGAAAGCCAUCAAAAGGAGAUAA